AAUCCCGAUACAGCAAUGCUGAGUGUUCACAGAUCGAACAAGGAUCUCGCCUUCCUCUUCCACCCUCUCCCCCUGUGUGGAUUUCGUCGUGAGAUCCUGUGAUCGUUCGAAGGAAAAAUGUUUAAAUUCUUGAAGGGCGUCGUCGCCGGAUCUGGAACGGGACCGAAAGAUCUACCUUACAACAUCGGAGAGCCAUAUUCCUCUGCUUGGGGCUCUUGGACUCACUAUCAUGGAACCUCUAAGGAUGAUGGUUCUUUAGUUUCAAUAUUCUCUCUCUCGGGAAGUAGUUCCCAGGAUGGACAUUUAGCAGCUGGUCGCAAUGGCGUGAAGCGUCUUCGCACGGUCAGGCAUCCAAAUAUUUUAUCAUUCCUUCAUAGCACUGAGGUUGAAACUUCUGAUGGUUCUGCUACAAAAGUUACCAUCUACAUUGUAACUGAGCCUGUUGUGCCACUUUCAGAGAAGAUAAAGGAAUUAGGUUUAGAAGGUACACAGAGGGAUGAAUAUUAUGCAUGGGGAUUGCACCAGAUAGCUAAAGCUGUGAGCUUUCUCAACAAUGACUGCAAACUUGUUCACGGUAAUGUGUGCUUAGCCAGUGUUGUCGUGACACAAACUUUGGACUGGAAGCUGCAUGCUUUUGAUGUGCUAUCUGAAUUUGAUGGAAAUAGCGCUUCUACUGGUCCAAUGCUGCAAUACGAAUGGCUAGUUGGCUCACAAUACAAAUCCAUGGAGUUGCUGAAGUCUGACUGGGCAGCAAUCAGAAAAUCUCCACCAUGGGCCAUUGAUUCUUGGGGGUUGGGUUGUCUUAUUUAUGAACUUUUCUCUGGUACAAAGUUAUCAAAAACAGAGGAGUUACGGAGUACUGCUUCCAUUCCGAAGUCUCUACUUCCAGAUUACCAGAGGCUUUUGAGUUCCAUGCCCUCUCGGAGAUUGAAUACUUCAAAGCUUAUAGAAAACAGUGAAUAUUUUCAGAAUAAAUUGGUAGAGACCAUACAAUUCAUGGAAAUUCUGAAUUUGAAGGACAGUGUUGAGAAAGACACCUUUUUCCGUAAGCUUCCAAACCUGGCUGAACAACUACCUCGCCAAAUUGUGCUGAAGAAGUUACUUCCUUUACUGGCUUCUUCUCUAGAAUUUGGUGCAGCUGCUGCCCCUGCCUUAACUGCAUUGCUAAAAAUGGGUUCUUGGCUUUCGACUGAAGAAUUCGGUGUCAAGGUGCUGCCAAGUAUUGUCAAACUUUUUGCCUCCAAUGACAGAGCUAUUAGAGUCGGCCUUCUUCAACACAUUGAUCAAUAUGGAGAGUCAUUAUCCUCUCAAAUUGUAGAUGAGCAAGUUUACCCUCAUGUUGCCACUGGAUUUGCUGAUACAUCUGCUUUUCUUCGGGAAUUGACGCUAAAGUCGAUGCUUAUUUUGGCUCCUAAAUUAUCUCAGCGCACUAUUUCGGCAUCUUUACUCAAGUAUCUUUCAAAGCUACAGGUGGAUGAAGAACCAGCUAUACGAACAAAUACUACCAUUCUGCUUGGGAAUAUUGCUGGUUAUCUUAAUGAGGGGACAAGAAAGAGAGUUUUGAUUAAUGCAUUUACUGCUCGUGCAUUGCGUGAUACUUUCUCUCCAGCCCGUGGAGCAGGAGUUAUGGCUUUGUGUGCAACGAGUUCCUAUUAUGACGUAACCGAGAUUGGAACACGCAUUCUGCCCAAUCUUGUUGUACUUACCAUUGAUCCUGAUGGGGAUGUUCGGUCAAAGGCAUUUCAAGCAGUUGAUCAGUUUUUGCAGAUGGUAAAGCAGUACCAUGACAGGAUAAAUACAGGAGAUACAAGUGGACAUUCAAACUCUGGAAUCUCGGCAAUACGUGGAGAUGCAGGUCUACUUGGAUGGGCCAUGAGUUCCUUAACAAAGGGUAAAGUUUCUGAACAUGCUCCAUUGGCUCCAGCAAAUGCUAACACCCCUCUCACUUCCGUGGCCUCCACUGCCAGCUCAGUAGGUCUGGAUGCUCCUGAUACAGUCCCUGUCCGUUCAAGUUCAAAUAAUGACUUCACAGAUCAACCUGUACCCUCUUCUCCAACUUCAACAGAUGGCUGGGGAGAAAUUGAAAAUGGGAUUCAUGAAGAAAAUGACAGUGAAAAAGAUGGGUGGGAUGAUAUUGAGCCACUUCCUGCCCUUGUAAACAUCCAAGCUGCUCAAAAACGGCCAGUUGCACUUCCAAAACCUCAAGUUACAAAUGUUAGGCCCAAAAAUACAGGAAAGGCAUUUGUAGAUGAAGAUGAAGAAGAAUUCUGGGAUUCUAAGGCUGCACCUACUCCAAAAACAUCCAAACCCUUGAAUAAGCCUGCAGCAUCAGCUGAUGAUGAGUUGUGGGGAGAUAUCGCUGCUCCCCCACCAAAAACAAUUGCAAAACCUUUGACUCUUGGCAGAGGUCGUGGAGCCAGGCCUACUCCGAAAUUAGGAGCACAAAGGAUAAACCGCACAUCUUCAUAAGUUUGAAAUGAGAUUGCAAGCAUAGUGGAGGAGUGAUUGACAAAGAAUGGAUCUGGGUGGUUUUUUUUAUUUUAUCUUGGUUUUUUUUUUAUUUUUUAUUUCUGUUUUCCUCUUUUGGUGGGAGGGGGCAUUCAGGCGUUCACCCAGCCUUCAGUUGAUGAGUUUACAUCCCAUGUCCAAAAUAGUUGUAACAUUCUUUUCACACAUUUGAUUUUGUAAAUUUUCAUUUCGUAGUAGUGUAUUAUAGGAGGGUUAACUUCUUAUUGUGAUGUCUUCUGAAAAUUUGUGUAAUUUUUUGUAAUGGAGGAUCAUUUCAGUGAAC